UAACCCCUCAUUCAUUUCUCAGCUUGCCGUUUCUCACUUCAGAGAACAACAAGCUUCAAUUAUCUUUAUACAAAUCUAAACGAUACCAAAAACACCAAAAACAAAAACAAAAAAAAACACAAACAGAAACACCCCCUCUCUCUCUCCUAUUCCACCUUUUGUUUUCAAUUAUUUCCACUAACAACAACUAUGCAGGCUAUUGCUCCUCCUUCGCAGUCCUUCAUCAGGGCAACUCGCCCGCGACUCGCUCCGUUCCGAGUCGCCUCAAUCCAAUGCGUUUACCGAUCCGACUCGGUCAACUUCCCGAACGGCGUCGGUUUGAGUCGAGCCGACUGGCAAAGCUCCUGCGCUAUCUUAACCAGUAAAGUCGUUUCCAAAGAACAACCCACUGAAAAACCCGGAUCCGGAACCGGUUCCGAUGGCUCAGCUGACCAUAUCGCCGCCGUUAACGGCCACAAGACCAUCGAUCUCAACCUUGUUCCCAUCACCGACAAGAACAAAACUGACCUCGCAGCCGCGGACAUCAACAACAACAACAACAGGCCGCCGGCGAGGCCGUUAACUAUUACAGACCUGUCGCCGGCUCCGAUGCACGGGUCGCAAAUCCGGGUUGCUUACCAAGGUGUCCCCGGCGCGUACUCUGAAGCCGCGGCCGGAAAAGCUUACCCGAACUGCGAAGCCAUUCCUUGUGACCAGUUCGAAGUGGCUUUCCAAGCCGUGGAGCUUUGGAUCGCCGAUCGAGCCGUGCUCCCAAUCGAAAACUCACUCGGCGGCUCAAUUCACAGAAACUACGACCUCUUACUCCGCCACCGCCUCCACAUAGUCGGCGAGGUACAGUUACCCGUACACCACUGCCUCUUGGCUUUACCGGGGGUCCGAAAAGAGUACUUGACCCGAGUCAUCUCACACCCGCAAGCCUUGGCUCAGUGCGAGCUCACCCUCACGAAACUCGGCCUCAACGUCGCCCGCGAGGCCGUCGACGACACGGCGGGAGCGGCAGAGUUCGUCGCCGCGAACAACCUCCGCGACACGGCGGCGAUAGCAAGCGCACGCGCCGCGGGUCUCUACGGGAUGAACAUACUCGCGGACGGAAUCCAGGACGACUCGAGCAACGUGACCCGGUUCGUGAUGCUGGCCCGAGAGCCCAUAAUCCCUCGCACCGACCGGCCGUUCAAGACGAGCAUUGUGUUCGCGCACGAGAAAGGGACGUCGGUCCUGUUCAAGGUGCUGUCGGCGUUCGCGUUCAGGAACAUCAGCCUGACGAAGAUCGAGUCGAGGCCGCACCGCAACCGUCCGAUCAGGUUGGUGGACGAUGCGAAUGUGGGGACCGCUAAGCAUUUCGAGUACAUGUUUUACGUGGACUUCGAGGCGUCUAUGGCUGACGUCAGAGCUCAAAAUGCGUUGGCUGAGGUUCAGGAGUUCACGACGUUUUUGCGAGUGUUGGGUAGUUAUCCAAUGGAUAUGACGCCUUGGUGUCCUUCCGGUGGAGAUUAGCAAAAAAUGCUCCGAUUCUUCUCUUAACAAAUGUUAUUAUUGUUUUGCACAAAAACAAAAAAACGAAUUUUCUUUUUAAUAUAUUUUUUUCUUUUUUCUUUUUUUUUUUUUUUUUUUUGGUUUCGAAUUAUAUUUCUUCUUUUUUUAAUUUUAUAAUUUGAAGGAUGUAUUGAAAAGGAGAUCUAUAAGGUAAAAGCAAGUAAGAAAUGUUGGUGGUAGGUGUAUGUAAAAGUAGGUGAUAUAAAACAAAGAUGUGAAGCCACAGAGUUUUUGGUGGCUA